AUGGCGGAUGCAAAGGAUUUGGAGAAUGGCUCUGCCAACAACAUGAACGAUUUCGCACUCGACAAGGCGCGGACACACGGUGAUAACAGCACCAGUAACCUCCGUCAGAUGUGAGUUUUCUUUGACUGCAGCUGGAAAAGACGAGACGUGCUUGGAAUUCAAUCCCCACUGACACUUCUCUCCAACCAGGCUCACCAAUAACACCAUCUCCGACGAGCAAUUCGAACGCCUCUUCCUGUCGCCUCGCAACAAUGUCUCGGGCGAUCUGCGCAAGACCUUCGCCAACCCAACUCCCCUCGCCAUCAUGGGUUUCUCCGUCGGUCUGACGCCCCUCUCCGCCGAGUUGAUGGGCUGGAGAGGCAGCGGAGGCAGCGCCCAGGCCACGAUCGGAGCGACGCUCUGGUUCGGAGGCGUGCUGCUCCUCUUCGCGGGUGUCGGCGAGUGGAUCCUCGGCAACACGUUCCCCUUCAUCGUCUUCAUGGGCUACGGGUGCCAUUUCUUGACCUUUGGCACGUCGUUUAUCCCCUUCUUCAAUGGUGUUUCCGCCUACACGAGCGGGACGCCCUAUAUUGGCGGCGCGGGGAAUCAGAUGAUGACGCCCAUGUAUGCCGCUUCUUACGGUAUGCAUGCUCCUCCCCAUCCACCACCACCACCACCACCUUUUCCGCCUCUCCCCCGCCGUUCCCACCCCACUUAUACUGACUCCUCUUGCUUUCCGCGCCCCUCUAGGCUUCUACCCGCUCGCCCUCGCCAUCCUCUCCUUCAUCUUCCUCAUCUGCUCCCUGCGCACCAACCUCUUCUUCUUCCUCAUCUUCGUCGCCGCCACCAUGGGCUUCGGCUUCGCCACGGCGUCUUUCUGGUACUCCGCCGUCGGCGCCAUGGGCAUGGCCGAGCAAUUCCUCGUCGCCACCGGUGGUUGUUUCUGGGCCGCCGCCAUGUUCGGUUGGUACUUGCUCUUUGCGAUUAUGAUCCCCACCAUGGAGCUGCCGAUCCCCGCGCCGCCGAUUGUGGAUCUGAGUACGGUUGUUAAGGCUAAGAAGCCGAAGCAGGUGUAG